GUUAAGAAGGUCACAAGCCUGAAGAACGCGCUCGAGAGCUUCGUGUACGAGGGCAGGGAGAAGCUCCGGGAGGACCAGGGUUGGCUGGAGGUCAGCACCGAGGCGGAGCGAGACGGCGUUGUCGCGAACUUGACUGCGAUGGAGGAUUGGCUGUAUGAGGAGGAGGCGGCGGCGGCGAACGCGAGCGUCUUGCAGGCGAAGCUCGGCGACCUGGAGGCGCAGGUGGAGCCCAUCAGGAGGACGCCCCGCCCCGACCUCUUGCGCCCUCUGCAUGGCUGA